GACACUGCGAUAAGCAGCACCGGUUGUAUGGCCUGUUCAACGAUUCCACUUGCUUUGUGGCUCCAUAUAUUCGCUAAAGUCCUGAUGUAUGGCCGGCGACCCUGAUCUCCGAGCCUAAGAGCGCCAAUAAGGCAGGAGACGUGACGUUAUUCGGAUCCCGAUGUUGAAAAGUCCAUCUCCGGUAUCCGAGCAUCACGCAGCGAUACGCUUCCGGAGUCCAUUGGGCACUGCCGUCCUGCACGAGAUCCAACGGCGCUCGAGGUAGUCUUUUAGGGAGGCUAGGGAGAGCGAGACCCUUUCACACAGAGAAAGCGUUUUCGUGACUUCAAUAAGAAUGCCAUCGAAAUGUCGAUACUAUUGAUCUAGCUUGACAACCAAGUAGUUCCAGCAAUGGGUUCAAUCAGUAACGCGUUUCCCUUUCGCAUCGGCGUGGACGUUGGUGGGACCAACACUGACGCUGUAAUACUCGACACCAAUGCUACAGACCGAAGCAGAUCCGUUGUUGCUGCCCACAAGACAGCCACAACAUCACCCAAUGUUACGGACGGUAUUGAGGUGGCAGUGAGGCAGGUUUUGGAGCAGUCCAGAGUACCGAAGGAACAGAUUUCGUCCUUGACUAUCGGAACCACUCAUUUCAUCAAUGCCAUUAUUGAACAUGAUCACCGACACUUGUCCAAAGUCGCAGUGAUUCGGUUGUCCAAGAAUUUCACCCGCGAGAUUCCACCCUUUUUCGACUUUCCCUCGUCGCUGCGGAGCAUCAUGUAUGGAUGGCACACAUACGUGGACGGUGGUCUACAGAUUGACGGAAGUCAAGAAGCUCCUAUUGUUGAGCAACAGGUCAUCGACGCAUGCUCAACGAUCAAGGACUUGGGACUGACCGCCAUUGUUGUCUGUGGCGUCUUCUCUCCUUUGGACUCAUUCUUCAGCCAAGAACAACGAGUUCGUGACAUAAUAUACCAACAUCAUCCGGAGGCGUCAGUGGUGUGCUCGUCAGAAAUUUCGAAUCUCGGUUUCCUGGAAAGAGAGAACGCGUCGAUACUGAACGCUUCCAUCUAUCGAUUCGCCCAGCGAACCAUUUCUGGUUUCAAACUCGCUAUGAGGAAGCUUAGCCUCCGGUGCACACUCUGCCUGACACAGAAUGACGGCACGUUGAUCGAUGCUCAUUCUGCUUCUCGACUGCCGAUCAGAACAUUUUCGUCCGGACCAACAAAUUCAAUGAGAGGUGCUGCAUAUCUGAGCGGGCUAUACUCAAGUAGUCGAGAACGAGCCGGUCUUUAUGAGCGUGAUGGUCCUCGCACGACGCGCCGUGGCGCGAGGGAGGGUUCCCAGAAAUAGUCCUCCUGCUCGAGUUAAGGUAGCAAAAUCUUUUACAGCCAGCACACUGUGGCCUCG